AUGUCGAGAGAUUCUUCUACUGAUGACAAUGAACAGAUGUUGGCUGCAGCAUUUUCAGCAAUAUUGGGUAAAGAAAUUCUACCUGAAUCAAAUGUACCACAACAAACACAACAACAUAUAAACAAAAUUUCCAUAUUUGAUCAACAUCUAACAUGUUUUGUCUAUGGAAAAGUUGGUCAACAGGAUACAAAUAAAGAUGAAUCAUUUAUGACAAUAUACAUCACAAUUCUGGCAACGAAAACUUCCUUUCCUUGUACAAUUGAAUGUGAUGCAAGUGUCGAUAAACUGAAACAAAUAAUAUAUGAGAAAGAAGGUAUAUUACGUAAUAAACAAAAUUUAAUUCAUUGUGGACAAGAAAUUGAUGAAGGUCAUCUAUUGAGUGAAUAUGAUGUUCAAGAUUCUAGUGAAAUAACUGUCGUACGUUUGAGAGCCAUUAAUUCAGAUGAUUUGCUAGUCUUAGAUAAAACUGCAUUGGAUCCCACGUAUGAUUAUGAUUUUACUAAUAUUAAUGACAAUGGGAAAAAGUUUACUCGUGGUGGAGUUGAAUAUCGUCGACCUUGUGGAUGGAGACGUUAUGCAAUUAACGUAGUUGGAAAGUAUGAAAAUGGAGUCUGGCUUGGCUCGAGCAAUAGCUCUGAUGAAUGGCCCGUAUCAUAUCAUGGAACAAAACAUGACGCAGUAAAUUCAAUUGCACAGAUCGGUUAUGAUCUAACAAAACAUAAGCGUUUUGCUCAUGGUCGUGGCAUUUAUUCAACGCCAGACGUUAAUGUAGCAAAAGGCUUUGCCAAAUCUUUUACCACAGAUGGACAACAAUAUCUCGUUAUUCUCCAAAAUCGUGUCAAUCCAAAACAUUUAAUCAAAUUACCUCAUGAAGAAACUGGAAAUGGUGAAUACUGGAUAUCUUCCGAUACUGAUGAUAUUAGACCAUAUGGAGUGUGUAUAAUGAAGAAAUGA